AUGGCCGACCCGGUCAUUCUAUUCAGCAGCGAACGAUACUCGUCGGAUACCUCUGCUCAGCACACGCAGGUCAUGGCGCCCAGUACGCAUCACCGUACAGCUACUCCGACAGUGGCUACCACAGUAGCCACUCAAGCUCAAGGAGCUAUCGAUGAACAAUUGUGUCUACAACAAUGGGUUCUCACUCUCCCCAACUGGUUCUGUUCAGUUUCAACGAUUGGGUCGCAUACCUCAUCUCGUUCAACCCAUCGCAGCUCUCAUCUUUAUUGGCAGGGCAUUUUCGUUGCAUCUAUGGUGUUCAUUAGCCUUGCUUUAUCGAUCAUUCCAUUACGAUGA